UUAUUAUCAUUAUUGAUAAGACUUAAAUAUAAAUUAGAAUUUUGAAAAUAAAAAACCUUCAGUUCUUAAAGUAUUUUAAUUCAGACAAGCAUUCUUUUAAAAAAGUGAAACAUUUUGAAAUAUGGGUUCGAAAAUACCUUUUAUAGAAUUUAAUAAUGGAAAAAAAAUGCCAGCAAUUGGCUUGGGAACAUUUCAGUCUAAACCGAAUGAAGUAGAAGAAGCUGUUAAAAACGCCAUUGAUAUAGGAUAUAGAUGCAUAGACACUGCAUUUUUUUAUCAAAAUGAGACUGAAAUUGGAAAAGCUAUUCGAGCGAAAAUUCAAGAUGGAACAAUUAGAAGAGAAGAUAUUUUUGUUACCACAAAACUUUGGAAUACUUUUCAUAAAGAAAAUCAAGUGGUUCCAGCUUGUAGGGAAUCUUUAAAAAAUCUCGAUUUAGAUUACGUUGAUCUUUACUUAAUGCAUUUUCCAAUUGCCUUUAAGGAAGGUGAUGAAUUACUUCCACGUGAUUCUGAUGAAAAAAUAAUAGCAACCGAUACAGAUUACAUUGAAACAUGGAAAGGAAUUGAAGAAUGUUCUCGUUUGGGACUCGCGAAAAGUAUUGGCGUCAGUAAUUUUAAUUCUGAACAAAUAACAAGAUUAUUAUCAGCGGCAACUGUAAAACCAGUCAAUAAUCAAGUGGAGCUUAACAUCAAUAUUAAUCAAAAGAGAUUAUUAGAAUUUUGCAAGAAUAAUAAUAUAACGAUAACUUCAUAUAGUCCACUUGGAAGACCCGGUACAACUGCAAUUUAUGGAGACAAAGGAAUACCAAAUUUUUUGGAAAAUUCAAAAGUUAUUGAAAUUGCACAAAAAUAUAAUAAAACACCAGCACAAAUUGCCUUACGAUUUAUUUUACAAAUUGGUGCUGCUAUUAUUCCAAAAUCAGUAACGAAAUCGAGAAUAAAGGAGAAUUUUGAAAUUUUUGAUUUUCAACUAACAGACAAUGAAAUGAAAACUCUCGAAUCUUUGGAAACUGGAAAACGACUUACAACGUUGGAAGAUUUGAAAAAUCAUAAAUACUAUCCUUACGGAAUUCCAUUUUAAUUAACUAAUAUAUAAAACGACAAAAAGGAAAUACCUAAGGGAUAAUGAAAAUCGCAACAAUUGGAAAUUUUUAUUAAUUAUUGUUAUAUAAAAAAAAAAUAUCUAAUGUUCAUUAUAUUUUAGAAGGGUAUCUUUAUAAUUGUUACUUUUUAUCUAAAUAAACAAAUUUUUUUACUCA